UAAACUACGUCAAUUAACCCAGUUUGUGCACAUGGCUUCCCCAAUGUGGAUCACAAAAACAGGUUUUUUCAUCUGAAGAAAAGAAAACCAACUUCGCGCCCCUCUGUCAGAACCUUAGAAGGUGGAAGGCCCACAGUUCGAGAAACGCUGGUCUCAGAAUUUGAACAUCUCAGAAUAAAAAGAGAAGUUAAAUUAUUCUAAAAUUGGAUUGUUGAUGCGUUGAUAUAGCCUAGCAAAUAAAAAAAAAAUCUUUUAUUGUCUAUCUAAUUAUUUAUGUGAACUUUUUAUAACAGUUUUACUCAUCUACUGUUCACUGAAUUAUAAUCUAUAAUCAGAUUGGAAUUAGUUGAAAAAUGUCCAGUCGACAAAGUCCAGAUGGGGUCUACAACGUCACCAACAGUUUCCUUAGCAAUGGGAGUGAGAAUGCAUCGUUUUCUGAAAACCUGUUCGACAGUUCUGUGACUAAAGUGGUCAUUUCAGUGUCUUUCACUUCAGUUUUUCUUCUUAGCUUCAUUGGUAAUGUGAUGGUGCUGUUUGUGCUGACCAGAAGUACUUUGAUUAGUUCUCGUACUAAUUUGUUUUUAGCCAACUUAGCGAUAGCUGAUCUUUGUGUGGGAAUAUUCUGUGUGAUACCAACAAUGAUCAGAUUUUUGACCAACCAGUGGUAUUUCGGACAGGUUCUGUGUAAAGUCUCCAGAUUUGUAGAAAAUGUGAAUCUUACAGCGUCUAUGUUUCUACAGGAAGUAAUAGCGGGAGAGCGAUAUAUAGCCAUCAAGUAUCCUCUUCAAUCUCGCCAUCUUUUUAGUCGUAACAAGCUUUAUGUUGCCCAGUUUCUCGUCUGGUUGGUGUCCUGUCUGUACAACAUUCCAUUUCUUGUGAUUUUCGAUACUUUGGAAAUCCCUACAGGCACCCAGGAAGUCAAAAUAAUAUGCCUCUACAAGAGUAAUUACGAAUCACUUCAUAUUUAUUACAUAUGCACUUUUGUUAUUUGGUAUGCUAUUCCUCUGGUGGUUAUGACUAUACUGUACUACAAAAUCGGACGAACUCUUUGGAAAAGCAAUGCACUAAGUCAUAUGAUGAAGCUUAGAAAACGAAUUGGUUCCGUCGGUUCUUCCAACAUGAGUGAUGAUAGUGGAGAGAUGACUACUAGUACUUUUGUUUCCAGAAAAAUGUCUGAAUUUAGUUUACAACCAGAUGAGAAAUUGUCAGAAAACAAUAGGACAGAUAAAAGAGAUGAAGGAGUUUUUAUUCAUGACAAAAAAUAUCGAAACGUAGCAGAUCUGGGACAAGUCCAAAAGUUGAGUUGGUUUCAAAAGUACAGCCUAAAGAAAAAGACAUUUUUGAGGCCUUGGAACUCGGGAAAAUCAAACCCUGGUCAAAGUGUUUCGUUGACAACAAAUAUUUCUGAAACUGGAGAAAAUUGGAAAACAAACCAGAAGUUUCUAUUUACUAAAAAUAGUAAUGUAGAAACGAACAGAGACAUUCAACAAAAUAGGUCUAACACAUCUCCUCUACAAGACAAAGAGUCUAAAGAAAUGGCGGUGUCUUCAGAAAACCAACAGCCAAAAAAAUGUACCAACUAUCGUGUGACGUCACAGAGAGCUAAUUCGCGUCGUCGAAUCAUUCGUCUUCUUAUCGUUCUCUUGAUUACAUUUGCUCUUCUAGUGCUCCCUAAUCACCUUCGGCUGAUUACAUUUAAUCUUGUACCGAUACGUCUUCAUUGGUUUCCACUGAUCUCCCCAGUCUGUCAAUUUUUGAUGUAUCUCAACUCUGCAAUGAAUCCCAUAAUCUAUAGCUUAAUGUCAAAGAGUUUUAGAAGAGGGAUGAAAGAGACAAUGGUUAGCUGUUUAUGUAAACAUUAAAUGAAUAAAAAAAGCUGAAAGAACGUGACUUGAACGCCAACUAACUUCUGAUAAUAUUUAAAUGUUAUGCUGUGAAAUUCGAUUCAUUUUAUUAUUUUAAAAUACAACUAUAACCGUCAAUGCAAACUAUCACACUCAAGACAUUUUUAAAUAAAAUUGCCUAUUUAGUCAACAGCAGAAUUGAGGUACCACAUUCUGCUAAUGCUUAAAUUGGGCUGAUACUCGCAGAUAAUAGGCUACUAACAUUGCACUGGAAAUUUGGGAUGGACUGUCACAGUAAGUCAAAACUUUGGAAUGUUACACUUUUGGUAUAUGCAUAAACUGCUUAAUAAUGAUAAAAAAGCAAUUACAUUGAUACAUAAAGUCACAAUUUCGCUGUUUGCACUUUGCAUGUUGUUUUUAUAGAAAGAAAUGUUUUUGAUUGAUACUUGCUUUCGCCGUCUGUCUCCGCAGUUGAUUCAAUGUGAUUUAUCAUCUUUAAGUCAUUUAUAGUUACAUGUACCUCUUCCAAAGCUUUUAAUUCAGAAAAUGGAGCUUACAGAAGAGUGACUGAAAAGUAAAUAAUAAAGCCACAGCGUGUACCAUUCAAUUUGAAAUACGAUUUCGACAGUAGCCUAACAGGGGAUAGAUCCAACAACCACACAUGCUGCAAAUAGCCUAGUUAUUGUCACAGCAAACAUGCAUUUCUUCAUUUAUUCCAUUAUAUAUUUUUAACAGCCCUAGCUCACUGUCUCAUAACUGUUUUUUUUUAAGGACUCUUAAAAUAUAUAUUUCACCCAGUUUUUUCAUAUUUAUAUUUAAUGUUUACGUGCAGCAACAUAGCCCAUUGGUUACACGCUUUUUCCUAAUCGAUUUUUAUUCUAUCCAAAUUUUAAUGUAUAAUUUGACUCAUUUUUUUAAAUGCUAUCACAGACCUAUAUAAUCUUUGACCUUUAUAAUCACUGACCUAUAUAGGUCUGUGAACGCUUUUGUUAUCGGCCCCCGAAAGGGGAAAAGACGCUAUUAGUUUUGUGUCGCCUGUCUGUCCGUCCGUACGGUUUAGAUCUCAGAAACUAGAAGAGAAAAUGAAAAUCGGACAUCAUGAUAUUUUAGAUCAUUCAAAGUUGUGAUGCAACGGCUACUUUUUUUUUCCGAAAGUGAACCAUCUAGUUUUUAAAAUUACAUAUGCAAGCAGAUUUUUCAAAAAAUUACACCAGUUUUAAAUGAAAAACUUCAGGGGAAGUAAGUCUUAUUAAAAAGUUCACAAGCUUCUUCAUUAAUAAAUCACGCUUCAUUCAUAGAUUCGCGCAUUGGUACAAAAAAAUUGCAUCUAAGGUCACAAAUGAGUUAGUAUCAAUGGAUCAUUAUAAAAUAGAUUUUCCAUUUAUUAACAUUUAUUAACUCAUUGAAUAGAAUACUGAUUCAAAUGUUAUUUUAAAAAAUAAUUUUGAUACGAAAUUCGUUUUAGUUAUAAGUUUCAAAAUAGUUAACUGGCAAACUACUUUUAUAGCGCGCAGUUUUGACAUACCCUCAUUAUAGAGCCUACACUUGACUAAGACUAAAUAGAGCCCAGAUCUACAUAUAUUUUUAAAACGAGUUCUAAUCUAGAUAUAGUAGAUUCUAUAUCAAGAUUCUAGAUCUAGACUUAGAUAUAGACUUAGAUCUAGAUCUAGACUUAGAUAUAGACUUAGAUCUAGAUCUAGACUUAGAUCUAACUCUAGAUUGACUAGACAUUAUAGACUUAGAUCUAUUUCUAUACCUAGACUUAGAUCUUGAAUAAAAUUAGAACUAAAACUAGGUCUAGACCUAGCUAGAUGUAUGUCUAGUUUGUAUGACAAAUGACAAUGGAGAUAUUAAUUUUUAUUUUCGAGGGAAAAGUCUUAGGACUUGAAUUGUUCUCAUGUAGCUUAAAGUAGGUCAAGAAUUUUUUUUCGUGUUGCCAAUUUACCUAAUUUUGCUAGAAGAAUAAAUCUUUUUUAGUUUCUCUUUAUUACAAUGUAACAUGUUAUUAAUUUUGAAUGUAUGGAUAAGGUUAUUUAAAAAAAUAAGUGUACGCUAAAUGAAUAUAUUGAGAUGCUGUGGCUGAGGGGUAAAGCACUUGGAACUGGAAGUCCCGUGUUCCAAUCCUGGUGAAGAUUCUAGGUGGACCACUUCGGGGGGCCGAUUUUGAGUUUGUGUUUCACACAAACUUUCUUUGUAACCUUGUUUUUUGUUGUGUUCUACUUUCCGCUUCUGCUUUUUUUUAAUAACUUGGUUGAAAUAAACAGCAGCACUUAAUAAGAACAAAGAGACAGUUCUAGUUCUUUUAUUUCAUUAGCAAGGGCUAUUUAGAUUACUAGGCAUACACUCUGCACUGUUUCCCAAUGUGGCGUACGCGUACCCCCAGGAAUACGGGAAGAGUUUGAAGGGGUAAACGUUGCACCACAUUAACUAUGCUGUUGUUGUUUUUUUGUCGCAAAUAUCCAUUUAGGGCCUAUUAAGUUCAGUUUAAUAAAUAAAGAUACAAUACCAACAAGAUUUAAAUCAAAUUUUUAUUAUUAUUGUAUCUUAUAUUUCUACCAACUCAUAAUAAGUGAUAUUUUAAAUUUUAUGAAUGAGUUCUGCAAAGAUCAGGAAAUGGUCUUGGAUCAUUUUAUAUUUGUAAGAUUGUUAGAUCAUAAAUAAAUUUAGUAAUAAUGGCUUAUUAUUGAACAAAGAAAGUUUAUAAAAGUUAUAAU